AUGGUGGACCAGGGUGAGCUGUCUAGUAAGGAUAUCAUACUGGAGUGUAGUGCUGCCAAGCUGAAGGCAUCGAGGGUGGCGGAAGAGGCCGCUAGUAAAGGCAUAGAAUGGCUGGGAGGUGUUGGUUUUACUCAAGACUAUCCCUUGGAGAAGUUGUACAGGGAUGCCAAGAUUGGGCAGAUCUAUGAAGGAACAUCUAAUAUACAAUUGGAGACUAUUGCCAAGGAAAUGGUUAAAAGGCAAGGGAAUGAAUAA